GUUUCCACUUUAAUGAAUAAUGAACAGAUGAAUUGAUUGAGACACAGGAGCUGAUGUUAUUGAUCAGAUCUGAUCCAGGAUCAAUCACAAACUCAGGUGUGUUUCCAGGUGUCCCCAGGUGACAUCAGCUGACUCAGUAUCAGUCCUGGUCUGAAAAUAUCAGACCUACUGACAGAGGUCCAGGUGCACUGUGGGUGAUGUAGUGAUGCAGUCUGGUCUGAAAACGAUGAAAUGCUCCUUUAAUCAGUUUCAGCACCACGGACAGAGACUCUGCAGCAGCCCCGCCCCCUCCCGUCCAUUCCUUCAGUCUGCGUCACAGAGAGACAGACAGGUGCGGACAGACAGACAGACAGGUGGAGCAGUGAUGGAGCCGCAGUUUUUCUUUUAUCUUCAUGCUUUUUAAUCUUUGAGGUUUGAUCGGACAGACGGACUCAGCUCUUCCUCCUCCUCCUCCUCCUCCUCCAUCGGUGCCGCAGAAAGGCUCGCGCCGCUCGGUCCAGUUGUCGUCAUGGGAACGGUGUUGUCUCUAUCUCCGGGCUCGCGGAAAGCCGCGGCUCGUGGGCCGGAUAAGCUCGCGGAGCUCGCGGUACAGAAGCCGCUGGAGGCUCGCGAGGAGGAUGAGGAGAAGGACGGAAAGAAGAAGAAGAAGAAGAAGCGGCACCCGGUGCUGCUGCACGCGCUCAGUUGGAAGAAACGCCUGGUGGCCGCGCGAGCCAAGAGGAAGGGCGGGAAGAAGGUGAAACCCGCGGUGUCCGAUUCCGGGCACGUGCAGCGGGAGCAGCGGGAGCAGUCGGCCACCGACGGCCGCCACAGAGCGCUGAAAGUCGGGCAAAGACACGGGCCUAUCCCGGUACCUGUCCCCACCGUCCCGGAUCAUACCCAGAACCAGAAGCAAGGCAGGCCGGACCUGAUCAUCUCACCGCGGAGGGUUGUGGUUCAGGCAUCAACAGGCGAGCUACUUCGCUGUCUUUCUGAUUUUCUUUGUCGUCGUUGUGUCAAACUCAAGGAGCUGUCGUCCAAUCAGAUCAUCCUCUGGUUCAGAAACGUCGACCGAGCGCUUUUGGUUCAAGGCUGGCAGGACCAGUGCUUCAUCAGUCCUGCCAGUCUAGUCUUUGUGUACCUGCUGUGCAGAGAGGCGGUGGACGAGGACACGUCUUCAGAGGAGGAGCUCCACGCCACCUUCCUCACCUGCCUCUACCUGGCCUAUUCCUACCUGGGCAACGAGAUCUCAUACCCCCUGAAACCUUUCCUGGUGGAGUCCAGCCGCGAUGCAUUCUGGGAGAGAGCACUGGAGCUGAUCGCCCACCUGAGUGCAGACAUGCUGAGGAUCAACGCUGAUCCACAUUUCUUCACCGAGGUGUUUCAGGACCUGAAGAACCAGGGAGGAGUGAGGGAGAGAGACAGGGAGAGAGAGAGAGACAGGGAGAGAGAGAGAGACAGGGAGGAGAAGCUGGAGAAAUUAAAGGGAAAAGAAAGGGAGAGUGAGGAGGAGGAAGAGAAAAUGAAGGAGGAGAAAGAUGAGGACAAAGAGAACGAUGAAGGAAACAGGAUUGUGGACCUGGAUCGUUAAGAUAAGAAAACAGAAAAGAGAGAGAAAGGAGACCACAGUAUUUGUUAAUGAGACUCGCCCAGCAGCCAUCGACCCGCUGAGGUCUGAAUGUAAAGAGGCUGCACCUGCAGCUUUAACGCCAUUACCAUGGCGACUGAUGUGCAGUCUGACCAACAGUCGGAUGGAUCGUGACCUUUGACCUGCUGCUGAAGAGAGACUGAGACGUGGACACUAGCUCACUUUAACUGCAUGCUGUCGAUCAAAACCAACAGUAUCUCCUGAUUGUACCAUUGUGGAUGUAGACCAGUUACCAUGGCAACCUUACAUAUGAUCUCGCCUUAUUUGUUUUAGUUGCAUAGCUGAAGAAAGCUUAACGUGUCCGUCAUUGCUGCAGGAAGGUAUUUAUUUCUUUUUCACCUGGGGGGGGCGUGGUCAACAGAGACAGAAAACAUCCAGACGCCCAGUCAGAGAAACGACUUCACCACCAACUGUCAGACUGUCAGGUCAGUUUAACAUCACACAGGUGGGUGCAGGUCAGAGGUCAGAGGUCAAAGAAGUUCUGUUUCACUGUAACCUGAACUCUUAUAAUAAUGGUUAAUAAUGGAUAAUCCAUUACUAGAAAUAACAGCAGCAGGUCUUACUCUUCAGUCACCACAGAGUUCACUGAUUUUCAUUUGACACAAAAUGUCUGCAGAGCGGCCAUGAUGGAGGCAGCAGGUCAUGUGACCUAUCGACCAGAUGAAGGGAGUCUGAUGUUUUCUGUCUCUGUUGUCUGAAGAUUGAAUGUAAAACCAGUCAGGUUGACUGAUCUGUGCCAACUGUUUUUAUAUAGAAAUCAAACCACCGACAUAAACAACACGAGUCACCCGAGUCUCCGUGGCUUCUUAUUUCCUCUUUUCAUCCUGUCUCCUGCUGACUUCUGUCCUUUUCUAUUCUGAAUUCUUCUGUCCUUCAAACAUAAACACUCAGUUCAGACCUGGACCUGGACCUGGACCUAGGUCAUGGUUUACAGGAAUGUGUUUUCAUGGCUUCAGCUUUAACGUCAGUCUGCGAUUGGUUGUUUGUCUUUACAGUGACGUACAGUAACGUCAGGACCCGAGAUUAAAAACAAGAAGCUGAAUCUCAUUGCUCCACUGGAACUCGUGGCUCCACUUGAAGCAGUGACUGCAGCACUAAUCAACAAACUACCAUUGUUAAAGUAAAACCACUGAGUUAACUGUGACAGACAGGAGCAGCACUGAGCGUGCUCAGACAUUUAAAUACUCCUUAAUAUUUAAUG